UGUUUGUUCCAGCGAGCACCAGCUGCUCGGCACUCCGGGCUCCGCUGCUCCGCUCCGCUCCGCGCCCCGCCGGCCUCCCCCGCCGCUCCAACUUUUGCACCCUCUGCUCCCUCAUCCCCUGCUCACGCUCCCGGAGCCGGGAAGGGAUAGACGGAAUCGGGGAGGGAUAAGGGGGGGGGAAAAAAAAAAAAAAUAAAAGGCACCGACAAUAACAGCCCCCCCCCUCCCCCUCCCCAUUCAAAAACACAACAUAAACCCCAGGGAUAGAUGAACUACAAAUGAGAAAGAGGAAAAGAUGGAACUGCACAUCCUAGAGCACAGGCUCAGAGUGGCCAGCAUAGCCAAGGAGAGCAUCCAGUUGUUUACCUAUGGAUUAAUCAAACUUGCUUUCCUGUCCUCUAAGACGAGGUGCAAGUUCUUCAGCCUCACAGAAACCCCUGAGGACUACACCAUCAUUGUGGAUGAAGAGGGCUUCCUAGAGCUUCCUUCCUCGGAACACUUGAGCGUGGCCGAUGCAACGUGGCUUGCCCUCAACGUGGUGUCUGGUGGAGGUGGUUUCUCCAGCUCCCAGCCCAUCGGAGUGACCAAAAUCGCCAAGUCAGUCAUAGCACCUCUAGCUGACCAAAACAUCUCAGUGUUUAUGCUCUCCACCUAUCAGACGGACUUCAUCCUGGUGCGUGAGCGAGACCUGCCCUUCGUGAUGCACACGCUGGCUGCCGAGUUCACCAUCCUCAGGGUAGUGAAUGGGGAGACAGUGGCUGCCGAUGACUUUGGGGUAACGAAUGGAUUUGUCAAACCAAAACUAGUUCAGAGGCCUGUCAUCCAUCCUCUUUCCAGUCCAAGUAACAUGUUCUGCGUCACCAGCCUGGAUCCAGAUACCCUUCCCACUGUUGCUACACUCCUCAUGGAUGUCAUGUUUUACUCCAAUGGAGUAAAAGACUCAGUGGUGGGCAACGAAGACUCGGGACAUAUUCGCUUUUUCUCCUUUUCUCUCAUUGAGGGUUACAUCUCCCUGGUCAUGGAUGUCCAGACACAGCAGAGAUUUCCUAAUAAUUUGUUGUUUACAAGUGCAUCUGGUGAACUCUGGAAGAUGGUGAGGAUUGGAGGGCAGCCUCUUGGCUUUGAUGAAUGUGGAAUUGUCGCUCAGAUUUCUGAGCCUUUGGCUGCAGCUGACAUCCCAGCCUACUACAUCAGUACUUUUAAGUUUGAUCACGCCUUGGUACCUGAAGAAAAUAUAAAUGGUGUGGUCAAUGCACUCCAAGUCAGUCAAGCUGAAAAGCAUUAGAAAUCUUCUGAGCUGGUUCCAGAUGCUUUUUAUUAUUCGAAUAAUAAUAAUUACUAUUAUUAUUAUUAUUAUUAUUCUUUUUUUCUCACAGUAUUUCUUGAAAAAUCUGAUUACAGAGAGUGACAUGAAAAGAGACUGUGGAAAGUUGAGCAGAAACAGCUCCAAUAAGCCUUUGUUUUAAUUAUUAUUAUUAUUAUUAUUGUUAUUAUUAUUAUUAUUAUUGUUAUUUUAUUAAAUUUAUGAAUGAGGGGCAGGAGGAAGAGGAGUUGAUAUGGUUUCCUGAUGUUCAGCUCGGAGGUGAAGCGUGCCCUGGCUGUGCUGUCAGUGUGCAAGGAGCUGCCUGGGCACACCUGCUGGCAGCAGGGAUGGCCGUGGGCAUGCUGCCGAGGGCAGGGGAUGGGCCAGGAGCAGAUGGACAGGCUGAGAGAGGCCUAAAGCAGAACCAGAAUGAAACACGGAAUUCACCAGAGGAGACGUCGCGUAGUGCUGCCUCGUCUCCUCACCUCACGCUCCUGAGCACUGUCCAUCAUUGCCUGUGUGGAGAUAGGAUGCAGAGGGUUCUGCUUCCCCUGACAGAGCAGCUUGGUGUUGGAAAAGGGGAAAAUACCCAAUUGUUUGACAUUUCCUCUUUUUCUUUCUCCCUGCAGUCAAAGCCUGGGCAGGGGCAGCUCAGCUCUGGCCAGCUCCUGGCCUGUGGUGUCACCCAGACUUGUGUCUGCAUUGAAUCUUGCCUGGUUUGGGUCAGUUUUUUUCCAGUCACCUUCUCACUGCUCCCAGUGUUCUCCUGCCACAUCUCCUGCUCCAGGACAACUGUUGUCCCCUUAUCCCACAUCAGAGCCUUCUUGUUCCCCAGGGCCAGCAAGAGGAGGAAGGCCUCUCGUGUCCCCUCAGGCUUUUUCCCAUCCAGUGUGCACACCUGGGGAAACAAAGGAUUGCCCAGGGUCUCUGGGUAGCUGCUCUUGCACAUCCCAGGCCACCUUGGCCAAGAGCCACAGCAGGUUGUCCUUGCCAGGGCAGGAGGGUGCCUGAGUCUUGUGGGGACCUUCCUGUGUUUUUUCAUCAGCUCCUUCAUCACACAGGUGGAAAUUGCUGCUGACUGGGGAAAGUAGAACGGUGCUGCAAAUGCCUGAAACCUGCUAGGACGUGGUCCUGUCACGGGAGGAUGAUGGGGUUUGUCCCACAGGACAGCAGCAGUGCGUUUUCUUCUGGCUUGUACCACAGCUGGGGCCCAGCAGGAGCCAGGCAUCGAGGCCCACGGUGGCACCAGUGUCCAGGCUGUGCCCGUGGCCAGUGCCAGCGCUGUGGAGAGCAGCAGAGACAGUGCUGGGACAGAAGUGUUACCCAGGACGUGGGUGCCAGCCCCCUGCCCCACGUGUGACCGUGCAGCAAGGGGUGCUGAGAGGAGAAGCUGUCUGCAGAGGACCUUGCUUUUGUGAUGACCAGCCCCAGCAUAUCUUGCACUUCUAAAUUUCUUCCACUUCAGUCUUGACAGAAAGAAAUUGCAGAUCUUGCCGUUUUCCCGAGGGCUUUCCAGCCGUGCUUCAGAGACAGCUUCUGGCAGGAUUUUCCUGAGGCUGUGCCGUACAGCUGUGAGCCAGGGCUUUGCAUUAAUUUGGAGGCAGUGGGCAUGGUUUGUACUGGUGUGUAGGACAUGCAAACACACCCACAGCUCGUUGAUUUGUUCUGUAUUCACAGGACUGGAGGGCUCAAAAGUUACGGUUUCUCAUGCUGCUGGAUUCAAACACUGAGUUUCAAAUCUGAUUUUUCACCAGUGGUUAUGUGGCAUCUAGACAAGGAGUCAGGGCAUCCAUGGGGAAAAGCAUGGAUGACUUUUCUUUGGUUGGCCCUACUGGAGCUAAAGCAUCUCUGCUGAGGACCCCUGAGGCACGUUCAGUGCUUUUCCAAGCAGGAUGUUUUGCUGUUCGUGGUUUACAUGCUGGACAUGGCUGGACAUGGAUUUUCAGAAUUGUCCCAUGAUAGAUUUAUAUUCACUCCAGAUUUCUGGACUCAAGGUUUAUUCUAGAUGCGGCACCGUGCAUCUCUGGAUGUUUGUUUGGAAAGAUGCUUUGGUCUCCUGCCCAAGGACACGGGCACAGGCUGCACAGUGCAGUGUUGGAAGCAUUCUGGGAUGUUUGCUGGGACUCUGCCCGGUGUUGUGGGCACUGAGCUGGGCUGGAGUGGGCAGCAAGGCCAGUGGUGGCUUUUCACCCCAGCUGUUGCCAGAGGUUACUCCUUGGGACGGCAGAUUGGCAGCGUGGUUGAGUUUCUGUACAGCUCCUGAGUUGGCAGCCAAGGUUUCUGCUCAGCUGAGUUUUCUCUGUGUGUGUGGAUGGUGCCACCAGGACAGAGUCACCAGGACAGGGGCUUCUUUUUGCUCUGGGGUUUUGCCAACCUUUGGGAAAUGCUGGUUCCAGCAUCAGAGAGUGCCAGGUGUUGCUGUGCAUGUGCCAGUGCUGCCUCCAAAGGUCUUCAACAUGGAUAGGAUGGAAUUAACUUGAAACAAGCAACAACUUUACUGAGCCUUAAAUGAAAGCAGAAAAAAAAAAAAACGGUUUUAAUUUUCUAUCAUUGCACUCAGGCUGUUUUAGAGGCUGAUUUUUGUAAUUUUUUUUUUUUUUCCCCCGAGGGAAUCAGCCUUAUAUUUGUGGAAUCUGUAGAAAGCUUUGUGGUAUUUGGAACCUUCCAAAGGAAGGUUGAUGUCCCAACGUGGGAAAGUUGGCCUGAAAAAUUCACAGGAUAUAAAAUGCCAUUGCCACCAUCCUUGGCUUCACCUUUUUAUUUCCUUUCCCUUUAGUAUUCCCUUCAUUUUUUUUUCUGGUGGGAACUGAGGUACUCCAAAUGUGGCCAGAAUUGGUGGAACCUUGUCUCUGCACCCAGCCUGAAGGCAGGAUCAAUGCAGGAUUGCACAUGUGCUGCAUGUGGGACCUGUGCUGCAGGAAGGGCUCUGUAGGGGUUCGUUAAAUAUUUUCAUAGUAAUAAUAACACCACCACACCAUUAACACCACAGUGCUCAGUGAACCCAAAGUUCUCUUAAAGCUGCUCCACAGCUCCUGCUCUCUCAGCACCCAGCCUUUGGCGUGGGGGAAAAGUUGAAGAGUUUUUUCUUUUUUUUUAAAUGCCUUAUGAUAACACAUCUGAGCAUCCCUGACAUUGUGCUGUUCAGUAGUGUGUGGAUAAAGGAGGAGCAUGUCUCAGUGGGACACCCUUGGGUGCCUGGAUUUCCUGCAGCUGCCAGUGCUCAGCUCUCGGGGCAGUUUCAUGGCUGCUGCUGCUGAGGGAUUGCCUCAGUGCUGCAGGCCUCUCCCCACGCCCUCUCUGCUCUCCUUGCACAAAAAUUCACCAAACAGCAAAAUGCAGAAGUGUUUCUGGCCCUGCAGACGGGAGGAGAGCAUGGCCCUCAUGCACCCUCUGUCUUUCUGCAAAGCCUUUAUUUUCUUAGAAGCCUCAACCUUUCCAAGUUGUGUGUUAUUAAACAGGGUUUUGUCUUCCUCCCUCAACCCAAUUAGAAUUUGACUGCAAAUUCCUUUCUACUGAGCAAGUGUGUGCGUAAAUAGACAUCUCAAAUGUUUCCAUAGAAAUCCAUAGUGUGUCUCUGCAUUGCACACCUAUAAAUGCCUGUGUUUGUAGGGUUGUAUCCUGCACGUGGUGUGGGCCCUCAGGCAAUAUAAGUUCCCAAAUAUACCCAGUGUGAGUGUGUGUGUAUACUCUGGGCACACAUUCCUGUGUGUAUCUGUGUCGUGUAUCUCUAUACACACAUUUAUUCACCCUAUAUUUUUAAUUCAGGUAAUGGGCAAUAUGAGUAUUAGUUCCACUCUUGCUUUUUCUCUACAUGUGUUUAGUGAAGAGCAGCAGUGGAGUUGACCUGAAGCAAAGCCGGGGCUCCUCUGCUUGCUGGGAGCAGCAUUGGAUUUCUCUCCCUGCUUCUGAAAAUUCUGUUCUUUCCAGUUUGGUGCCUCAAGCACAGAGACUGUAGGAAAUUCACUCCUUUUUAUUUCUCUGUAUUUUAAUUGCUGCCCUAAACUGCCUCAGCCUGUGAGUAGGGCUGCUCUGUUGGCACAGUGCUGGGGUUCCUGGUGGGGCUCCAGCUCCUGCAGGCACAGAGCCUGGUGCCAGUGCUGCCUUCCCCAGGCAAGGCAGGAGCUCCUCCAGCUUUCCUGCAGCGUGGCCUGGGCUGGGCACCAGCAUUCCCUCUGAGCUGGUUCCUGGUGGCCCUGCCCAGUGUCUCUGGGGGCAGGUUCAAGAUUUCCUGGUGGAUGUGUCUGCACAGCGCUCAGCAGGCAGUGGCACCCACGGCUAGUGCAGGGCUCUGCUGUUUGUUGGAGAAUUCACAUCUGUUGGCCUGUGAGGAGCUGAAAUCAGUGGUUUAUUUGUAAAUAGAUGGAAGUGUUGGAGGGUCUUUUCCUGUUCAAAGCAGAAGAGGCUGCUUGAACCCAAUCAGUGGAAUUGUGUGUUCUUUGCAUCUCACCACUGGAGAUCUCUGCUGACCAGAAUGCUGUUAGGGUCCAUGUAGGGAAACAUCCCAUUUUCCUGUUUCAGUUACACUUCACUAAAGGGGGUGUAGGGGGUCGGGUGCUGCCUUGCCACUGACCUGGCACUUGGAAGUUGCUGAUUUUUCAGGCUGCUCCCCAAAUGCACCCUUGCACAGGUUUGUGCAGCCUUUGGUUUCUUUCCAGGCAUUGAAGUCAGUUUGGAGUUUCUGCAGUGCUGUGCUUUAGAUGGCAUGUGUCAGCCUCUCACAUGGGGAGGCCUUAGUGGAAAUCAUUUGGUUUUGCUGCAGCAUAGAGAUGGUGGCACCUGCAGGUGGGUGACAUAAGUAUUAAAACUCACUUAAUGACAAUGCCAUUUACAAAGCCUACUCAUCAUAGUGCUGUUUCGAAAUGUGCUUCAAACUCCAAGUUCCCAGUUACGAUUCCCAGGGCACAGAGAUGGUCAGAGAUGAAUCAAUCCUCUCACAAAAAGCUUGUCGGUGUCAGGUUCUGCUUUGGGGUAGCACAUGACACUGAGUAGGGAUUUACCUUUUAAGAGGUGCUGUGCAGAGUUGGGUGUGGCGACUUUUGGGGUUGGCUGGGAGUUCCUGAUGGCUCUAGCCAGUCAAAGCAUCCAACAGAAGUGUGUCGGGUUUUAUUUUUCUGAAGCACGAUGUUUUGUCCUGCCGGCACUGGGAGGAAAUAAGCAGUGCAGCGUAAGAGAGUGCGUGGCAGAGGAGGUUGCUCAGGCUCCAGUGUAGCUCCCUGAGCAUCCAGUUGUUUCCCUGGUGCUCUUGAUGCUUUCAGGAAUGUGUAGACCCCUGAGAGAGGCAAGGCAGGGAGCAGCUCUGCUCAGAGCUCUGCCAUUGCUCUGCAUUUGCAGGAUUUGCUGCCUCCAGGCAUGAGCUCCUGACACAUUCCCCCACCACCUGCCCCACAGGUCUCACAGUGGGUCUGUGAGAUGAGGAUUUAUUAGUGUGACUGACAUCCUGUGAAGGCUGGGAAGCUGCCUGGGACAUUAAAGGCUGAAUUGUGUGUGCUUGAUCAGAGCCUGGCUCUGAGAAGCAGUUUUCCAUCUUAGCUUUGAUAUACAAAGCUUGAAUUCUUUUUUCUUCCAGAGGAGCCCCGUCCCUGGUGUGAGCUGAUGUUGCUGUGACUGCCUGGCUGCAGAAGGGCCAGGCCUUCAGGCCAUGCUGACCUGACCCAGGCCCCUCCAGAAGGCAUCCAGGUCUCACUUGACAUUGUCCCACACAUCCAUAACUGCGGCAGUGCAGGUUCUUCAGAGAUCUCUUAGUGACAGGCGUGGGAAAGGCAGGGAAAAACAGGGACAGGUGGAGUGCUGAAUGAUGCAGAAGAAUUAAUGUGUUCAUUUUUAGUUGCGCACAUAUGGACAUAUCAAAGUUCUGCUUGUUGUCAACACCAAAGUAUUUUCCUCCUCCUUUUUGAUUGAAACAGAUCACCUCGCCCUGCCCAGCCUCCAUGCUGAGCCCAGUGUCCCAGAGGAUGCAUUUGUCCCAGUCACACCAAAGGUGGGUAGCAUGACCCCUCCAAAUCCCCUUAAAAUACCUUUUGAUGUUCAGCCUCUCCAUUGGGGAAGGCUCCCAAGGAUCACCACGUGUUUGGAUGUAAUGGUAAGAUCAGGUACUGUGGCCAGAGGGGCUCCUGCCAUCCUCGUGGUUUUCCACAUCCAUACACCCACACAACUGUUCAAGAGCACCAGGUCACGCAAACUCCUUAAUUUAGAGGUCAGCAAUGUGAUCAGGAGGUGCUGGGUCCUGCACUGGCACAGUCAGUGCUCACUGAGUGCAAGUGUUCCUCUCAGCACUGGAUAAUUGGUAUUUUCUGUUAAUGAAAAGGGAGAAAUUCUUUGUUUGGCCUCAGGGUGAGCAUUGCUGCUAAUUCCUGAAAGAAGGUGUCCCCCAGCAACAUUCAGUUACGGAUGAGAAGUCAUUUUCUGAUGAGGAUUUCUUCUCCCUCUGUUACUUUGAUGACUGUUGUGGACAUCUCCAGCUUAAGGCAUCUCACUUACCUGUUCCAGUCCUGCCUGCAAACAUUGGAUUGGAUUAAACGUUUUAUUAUCUGCAGGAGAGUAAAACCCAGUAAUCCUUUGCCAAACAGUAUUUACACGUUGUAGCAUGCACUGAGGUGUGUUUACAUUGGCUGAAAUGUGCAAACCUGCCUCCAGAUUUCCAUACCUUCUCCCCAUGAGCGCGUCUGUCUGUCCUGUCUGUCUGUACCCUGCCAUAUGUCAGGGGCCAGCAAUAUCUCUCAGGCAUCCUGGCAGCACUGAACCGGUACAGAAACCGUCUGCACAUCCUCAGCAAGGCUGUGGGACCUUCCCAGCUUCCCUGGAAGGGAAACACUUGACUGUGAAGAUAAUCUUGAGUUACUCUGCUGUCCUUGGCCUCCUUUAUUUAAUCCUUAUGAAGCACAGCUGGGUUGAGCUACCAGCUCCGGUUAGCAAAGGUGAAGGAAAGAAAGGGGUUCUGCAGUGUGAGACGUGCACUGGAUGCUGAUCAGCAAAUCCUGGCUGCAGCAGCAAUAGCCUCUGCAGAUGCUCUGGUGAGCACAGAGCAACGCACAGCCCCUGUUGUAUGAAGGGGAAAUGGAUGAAGUGCGUGUCAAAGUAUAUUCUCAUUUUAGGGUAUGAAUUUUAGGGUUCUGUACCUUUUUUGGAACACACAUAAGCCAAGAUCUUUUCUUGGUCUCUCUAGACAGCAUUGGUCAUUUUAGGUUCAAAGCCUGGGAAUGAAUGUUACCUUGUUAUUGCAGAUUAUGUGAACAGCUUCCCCCUGCUCUAUAAUUCUCUUGCAGCCGUGACCUUUCUUCUGCACGCUCUGAGUUUGUGGAGGGCCUGGCCACAAGGGAACACAAACCCCUGGCAUCUCCUCCCAGCUGAGAGUGCCUAAGUUUUGUGGCCAAGGUGAAGGGAGUGGCAGAGGAAUGGCAGCCACACACCUCCCUGCCUGCACAGCUCCAGUACGGCCACAGCCAGCCCAGCUCAGCACUGUCCCAGCUGUGUGGAGCAGGAGAGUUGCAAAACAGCUGGGUAAUGCCCUGGGCUCCCUUGGGGUUUCGUUUCCAUCCCUUUUUAGCUUUCUGAAAAAUUCUAUAAAUGAACUGUGGGUGGAUUUUGGAGCAGACAUGGACAGAGAUGCCCAUCAGGCAUCGGGCAGGAUUGGAAUUUUGAAAUAUGUUUGAGAGCAGAGCAGGAAUAUGUCAUUCCCCCUCUGUGCAGCUCUGUCCUCUGCCUGUACCAUAGGAGAGCUGACCCGGUGCCAUGUCCCUCUCUGUCCCUCUCCAGUGGUUUUGCCAGGGUCCUAAAAGAUGAUGCCAAAAAUAGGGCUCCUUUCAUCCUUCAUUUUGGGGGGCUGGUUGCUUCUUCCCUCCUUGCGUGCCUGUGGCAGAGGGCAGUGUCUGUUGCACAGCACCUAUGGGAAGAUGCCAUAGGAGGCUGCUGUUUAGACUCUCCUUGCUCUGGCUGGCUUUCUGCUUCUAUUUCAGCAUCCAGAGGAUUUAAACCAAUUUCUGCAAUUACAGUAAUAAGCUUGAGGAUUCCUACUCUUUUGUAACUUGAAUAACAUUUUACAGGUACCCGAUUUCCUGGUCCUUAGGGAAUGCUGCUUGAAGCACCCACUUGCCAGGUGGGGUGCUGUGAGCAUUACUGCUCUUUUGGGCCAUAAAAGAGGAGUUCAGCCCCAUUUGCCAGAUGAAAUGCUGAAGCAGCCCCAGGCUCAGACUAGCAGAAGAUGCUGCUCUGGGCCAGGUCACAGGGAGAGACAGCCCCACUAAACAGGGCUCCCUCAUUCUCCGUGUCCUUGCUCCCCACAGUGUCAUUCCUUCAGCUGGAAGGGAAUACAAAGGGAAUUUCCUUUCUGCUGAAGAAAAGCAAGUCUCCUCUGUGUUUUUGUGGCCAGUGGCAAAAGCAAGAGUGUUUGCCAUGUGGGACACUGAAGGAAGGAGCCAGGGGUUCCUAUACAUAGAGCUGAGGAGACAAAAUUCUGCAGCCUUUGUUGUAGCUGUUUCUUGCAAUUAUUUCUAAUGCCAGCCUUGGAUGGGGUUGAAUUUUUGAGAUCACUGACAUUACCUAAAGAACUGAUGGUGCUCUUACAGCUGUGGGAGCUGCAGCCCUGGCAGCAUUGCCUCCAGGCAGGCACAGAGUGCAGGACCCUUCCCAGCACGGCCCAGCCCUGGUGGGAUGUUCCCCUAUAGACAGGCGAUUGAACCAGGCCUGCUCUUGAAGAAAUCCCUGAGUGUUAACAUUUCCUUCCUGGGAGCAAACCUCUCUUUUUUUUCUGGUGGUGUGUUAGUUGGUUGGUGCUGAUGCUGGAGGUUCAGAGUACAAAGAAGGUGGCUCUGCAGGAAGAGGAGCACCCCAUUUCUCCUUCAACCACUAGGAACUGUGUGGUCCAACUCAAUGACCUCAGCUAUUUUUUUCAUUGUCUCAAAAUUAAAAGUGAGUCACACCCUCAUUCUCCCCCAAACCCCACCAACCAGGAUCCCUGCCAGUCCCAUGUGUCCGUGCUUCCUUCCUCCAUGUUUUUAUUUGUUCUCCAGUUGUGAACUGCUCCAGUGAUACCAUGGCAGAAAAUCAGCAUCUCAGGGUGGUCUUUUCUGGGUGGUUCUGGUUGUGCUGGAUCCAGGGCUGCCCUUGCCUCUCACCCAAAAAUCCUCCUGCACUGCUGCUAAAAAUAAUCCUGCCAAUGCAGUGGCUGUUGAUAGUAGGAGUGUGAGAAGGGCAUCCAAGUGCCAUUAGUGCCCAGGUGAAUGCCUGGAAAUGCACAGGGUAGUGACUCUACCCUGCCUCUUACCAGCCCAGGACUGUGGUGUCACAGCCAGCAGGGUUGUGUCCCCUGUCCCUGCUGGCUGUGGCUGGGCAAUCUGUUAUCCCUCCCCUGUGUGUGGGCUCCAAGCUUGGCUUUGGGGCUUGUGAGACAUGAAGUAGAGGAGCAGGGUGUUUAUUUUAGCAGUGGCAGCCACAUUUUCUGCCAGUGCAUCCUCCUCCCCACGGCCUCUGCAGCAGCCCGGAGUGGCAGUGACAGAGAGGGGACACUUGUUCUGCUGACCCAAGCACUAGGACAACCAUGGCUCUGGAGACAGACAGUAACUUACAGUAGGAUGCAGCUUCAGAAGCUCUGUUUCAGUCUUUGGAAGAGCCUGUCUCAUUCCCUUACUGUUAACUCCUUACCUAACCCACUCUUGCGUUUCAUUAGAAUUAGGGGGGGGUGAUCACCUCAAUUUGUUUGACAUGUUCACCUGCUCCCAGCACAGAACCAUGCCAGCACGUCCUACUGAUCUUUUUCUCCCCUCUGUAUGGACUCCAAAGGAGGCCAGAUUCCCACCACAGACCUACACAACACUAACCCAAAUUUCUGGAACUGCCAGGAGAGCAGAGAUGCUCCUGGUGCAGAAGCCACCCAGCUUGGAUCAGUGUUUGUCUCUCUUCCCUGGCCUCUUAGAACAGCUGUGCUGGGCAGCCUGGGGAGGAAACACAAAUCUUAUUUAGUAAGUUAUUUAUGUGUCAUUUGCUCUGUAAGUGAAAUACCAUUUUUGGCCUCAGACACACACCAAACAGGCUGAAGUGGGGCUGGGAACCCCAAACUCUUGCAGCCUCUCCUCCCUGCUCACCUCUCAGAAACCCCUUGCAGCUUUUCAUUGGGGAGGGUAGAAAAAAUGUGUAUUUAUUUCCCUUUAAUUAUCAGAUCUGAUGCAAACAGACAGGGUCUGGGAAUCCUCCCCCUGCAGGGGCCUUUGGUACAGCUCCUGCUCUGGGCUGCAGCCAUGGAAAGGCCGCUUGCACCUGCCAUGUGGGCAGUGCCCACGGGCUCAGUGGGGCACGUGUGGGUGGGCAGUUCCUGCAAGCUUGGGGGUACAAGGCACAGGGGAGCCUGAAUGCAUCAGCUGCCUUCAUGACCUCUGCAUGAGGCAGGAUGUUGAAGCACCAGGCACAUGGAGUGGUGGCAGCAGCUUGGGAUCAUGCACUGGACAUUGUGUGGAGAUGAGAAGUGGCUGCUUUGCUUUCCCAGCAAGUGCACACGCUGCUUUUCUUUGCUGGUCUUAUGCUGAAAAGCUGAGAUUUAUGUACUGUAUGAAAAAAAAAAAAAAACAAAACAGAAAAAAAGAAAAAAUCCUAAUGUUCCAAAAUAAAUGACAGUAUAUUUUGUACUUUGUAAAGUAAUUAAACCGAAAAAGAAUAAAAAGUAAAACUUAUGCUGUCUGCUUUUGUACUGAUCAAACUGAUGAAAAUAAAGCAGAGCUUGGCAUUGUC